GAUCAUUUUGCAUAUAAGUUACUUGUUCAAAAUCGUUUGAGAUUUGCUUGGUAAAGUAGGUCUAAAAGAAGUUGGACUCAUUUUAUUGGAUCACAAAAUAUAAUGAACGGAGCGAUGGCCAUGGCACCAACAUCCCAGAAUAAUGUGGAACCUCCAAACAAGAAACCUAGAGUUGAAGAUGUUACAGCGGAGAGACAGUACAGAAUCUGUGGCCUACGACUGAGCUGUGAUCAUGAGCGUGCGCCAAACAAAGAAAGAGAACGCUACAUUCGUUGAACAGAACAAAUCAGAGUUUUGCAAACUCCCACUGACACAGCAUCUAUUGUCGAGUACCAAAUAUGAUGCGUAUGUUAGAUAGGGAAUGCAUCAGAGUUCUUGCCCGGCCCUAUAUAUGAUCUCAAUCAAAUAAAACAAGUUGUUGCUGGACCUGGAGCUAAAUAUCUUACAUUACCUGGCAUUCUAGGUGCGGGUCUUCCAAAAAUUACAUCUGAACAACAGGAUACAGUAAAUAGAGCAAAAAAGUAUGCAAUGGAACAAAGCAUCAAAAUGGUUUUAAUGAAGCAGACUCUCGCGCAUCAACAGCAGCAAAUGGCUAGUCAACGGAAUCAGGUGCAGAGACAGCAGGCUCUCGCCCUCAUGUGCAGGGUAUAUGUGGGCAGCAUCAGUUUUGAAUUAAAAGAGGACACGAUUAGGCAAGCUUUCUUGCCUUUUGGUCCUAUAAAAUCAAUCAACAUGUCUUGGGAUCCAGUUACACAGAAGCACAAAGGAUUCGCAUUCGUCGAAUACGAGAUACCUGAAGCAGCACAACUUGCUUUGGAACAAAUGAAUGGUGUCAUGAUUGGUGGACGUAACAUCAAGGUUGUGGGGCGUCCGUCGAAUAUGCCCCAGGCCCAGUCUGUUAUUGAUGAAAUUACAGAAGAAAGUAAACACUAUAAUCGAAUUUAUAUUGCGUCAAUCCAUCAAGAUUUAACCGAGGAUGAUAUUAAAUCCGUGUUUGAAGCGUUUGGACCAAUUACAUAUUGUAAAUUGGCACAAGGCAGCUCGCCCCAUCGACAUAAAGGUUACGGUUUUAUUGAAUACGAAACAAUGCAGGCCGCGUUAGAAGCUAUCGCAUCAAUGAAUUUAUUUGACUUGGGUGGGCAAUACUUGCGAGUAGGCAGAGCUAUUACUCCACCAAAUGCUCUUAUGGGUCCACCAAGUGGAACUAGUAUGAUGCCUACCGCUGCUGCGGUUGCAGCUGCAGCUGCAACUGCAAAAAUUCAGGCAAUGGAUGCUGUAGCUAGUAAUGCAGUUGCUCUUGGUUUGACCAAGCUUGGAGCAGCUGCCCCGCCGAUUUUGAAUCAAGCUUUGCCUGGUAUAGUAAGACCCACUAUUGCCCCAGCGACAAUGAUGGCACCGCCAACUAUAGCAACGGUAGCACCUGUUAUACCUCCGCCUGGUAUAGCUAUACCGCAAACUUUAACUCGGCCUCCUGCGAUAAUUCAACCGAUACCUGGACAGCCAGUUGUUAUACCUCCUCCAGCUGUUGUAGCACCUACAAUAGUAGGAACUCCAGUCAUACCUGUUACAACUACGACGAAUUCCGAUAUUAUGAGACGGGCACAAGAACAAGCAGCUCAUCAAAAACAACAGGAAGAAUUACAGAAGAAAUUGUUAGAGGAGACAGAACCCCAAACAUUACAGCAACAAGAAAAUAUGUCGAUCAAAGGACAAAGUGCGCGUCAUCUUGUUAUGCAGAAACUUAUGCGCAAAGUUGAAUCUCGUGUUGUUAUUUUACGAAACAUGGUAGCCCCAGAAGAUGUAGAUGAAAGUUUACAAGAAGAAAUUCAAGAUGAAUGUUCUAAAUUUGGAGUUGUAGAAAGAGUUAUUAUUUAUAAUGAACGACAAUCGGAAGAUGACGAAGAUGCAGAAGUUAUCGUAAAAAUAUUUGUUGAAUUUUCUCAAAUGAGUGAAGCGGAACGUGCAAGGGAUUCUUUGAAUGGUCGUUAUUUCGGUGGACGUUUAGUGAAGGGAGAAUUAUAUGAUCAAGCUUUAUUCGAUAAUAGUGACUUUUCUGGUUGAUCAUAAGAUACUUAUUAUCUGUUGAAUUCGUCAGUUUCUUUGAAACAAAAGAAAAGUUAUACUAUCGUUGAGUGAUAUUCCGUGCGUCUAAUCGAAAGUACAUAAUACAUCUUUUGAAGUUUCAACACUUAUAGUCUAUCUUCUGACUAAGAAGUCUAGCUUUUAAUUUUUAUCUACAUUUUUGUAGACUUUAAAUUAAUAGAUCAGUCAAAACUAUUAUCAUUACUUAAUAAGAUAAUAGUUUUAAAAAAUCGUUUUAACACUUAGCCAACCGCGCGCGUCACAGCGAGCUAUAUGUUUCUCACCGCGCUCGAACAAGUUAACCUAUACGCUGUCCACCGCGCAUGUUUCCAAGGUAAUGAUUUUAUUUAACGAUUUCACAUAUUGUUUAUACAAAACAUCAAAUUAAAAGUAUAUAUUAAAAGUAUAAAAAAAUAUAGGUAACAUUAAAAACAUUAAAGGUGAUUAACCCUUUCGCUACGGGCGGCUUCUCCGCCGCGGCAUUCCCGCUGAACGAGUCGCCGCGCCAAAACAGAGCAUAGUACGCGAGAAAGAUCAUAAACGCUGCCGCGUUUACGUCUCACUGCAAACCGAGCUGCUCUGACGGUGUUUUUCGAAGAAAAAAACUUUCCUCAAAACAGAGUAUUUAUAACUUCUUAAUAAUAUAAUAUAAUAUAAUAUGAUAUGAUACUAAUAGCUUUUAAUAAUGGUAUUGCGUGUAGUAUUUUUCGAAACAUGGUGUUACACAUUGGCCAACAUCGCAAAUCUGGCACUGGUAUCGCGAUUCGCUCCACAGUUUCCAUCAAUCGAUUAUAAUCGAAAACACACUUUGGUUUUUUUAAUCAUUUUCUGCGUGCGAUAAUGACGUUUCGAAACUCUUCAUUGUGAAAAGAGGACAACAUAUACAUUGCCCUCUUGUCACACCGUUUUAUUGUUAAUAAAAGGCUUGAGGAUGUACAAUACUCGUCGUAUGUAUAAUACGCGGUAUCUUACGCAGAGUGACUAUAGUCGCCCGUAGUACGUCAGUGGUAUCUUACGCAGAGCGAUUGUAGUCGCCCGUAGUAUGUCAGUGGCAUUUUACGGAAAGCGACUGUAGUCGCCCGUAAUAGCGAAAGGGUUAAACAUAAAUAACACAACUUGAACGUGAAAUUAAAAAUUCAUGAUGCAUUUUAAUAUUUUUUUACAAUGUGGUAUCGUUCGAUUAUAGCUUUAUGUAGUCAUAACGGAUAUUGUAACUUUUUAAUUAAUUUUAAUAUCACUAAAUUGGUGUAUUUUAUUAUAUACUGUACUUUAUAAAAGCAGAAAAAGUGGUGCAAUCAAUUGGGAACAAUUUCAUGUGAACAAUAACUGAUAAUAACAAAAAAAAAGAAGAGAACGCGUUGCAAAAGUCAAAAGGAGAGAUCUUCCCGGUCGGUCACGCAGAUCUCCCUAUUCGGUUGGCUAAAUGUUAAAGUAUAAGUUGGAAAUAACUAUUGAAUGGAAGAUUUGCAAUUGGAUCACUAUUAUUACUUCUGUAUAAAACGGAUAUUUUAUUUAAAUUCAGUAGCAGACUAAUUUUUGUUCAGAGAGGGUUAAUUUACAGAUGAAUAUAAGUACAUAUGCAGAAAAAUAGGGUAUUAAUAAAUUGUUUUAUUCAUAGACCAUAAACAAAUGAUAUACACAUUUAAAUUAUAUGUCGUACUACAAGUAUAUGUUAUAAUAAAGUUUGUACAUAUUUA